AUGUCAGAAAGAUCGUGUCCCGUGUCCGGCUCCCUCGGUGGAAGAUGUCCGGCUGGCAACGGUUCCGUUGCUGGGAGUAUCUCCAGACAGCGCGUCGGUCCACGAGGCUGUUCCUUUUCGGGCUACACGCAACCGGGCGAUCUUCACUCUGCCUUUGAUAUUCCCCGCGGUGUCGACGUAGACGAGUGGCUACGUGACCGCGAACGCAAGGCCAUCAACGAGAUUCUUUAUUCAGACAUUCCCUCGGCCAACUUUGUCGCUCAGGUCAAAAACGUCGACACUCUUGUCGCCGAUGACAAGGACCUGCUUGCCGUCGCACUCGGCGCUCCCGCUCGCCAGGUCAUCCUUCGCGCCGAGAGCAUCGGCCAGCGCACAGGGUGGAAGGACGGUUAUCUCAGCGGCGAGUAUGGCUUUUGCGCCCCAGACUCAAACGAAGCCGCCGGGGCUCUCGCUGGAUGCCCCGGCCGCGUGUGGUCCGAUCUUUGCGAACGCAUGCCCGGUUGCGUGUCCCGAGGCCGUGUGCGUGAGUCCGUCGCCGCUCUACCCCUCGUCGAAGGCACUGAAGACACUAUUCCUGACCAGGCUCUGUGGGCGGCGAUCGUCGCUCUGGGCAUGCUGUGCUCGAUCUAUCGCUACGAGGACAAGAAUGACGGUUACGACGGCGUCAGCACCAACACGACAUCGACCAAGCCCAACGUCGAAAUGAGCGAUGAUCUUGGCCCCGAGCUCAUCGGCAUCCCGCGCAGCAUCGGCCUCCCCUACUGGCAGGUCUCCCGCCGCAUGGGCCGCGCCAUUCCGCACCUGACCUUCUUCGACCAGGCCUCUCACAACAUCCGCGUCCGCGACCCGACCUCGAUCCACCCUUACGUGGGACGCUUCGACAACACCGACCUGCGAUGGCCCAUGUUUGGCGAGCGCACCGAGAUAGCCUUCCUCAAAGGCUGCGCCGACACAUCAGCCUCGUUCCAGCACGGGCCCGACGCCAUCGCCGCGUGCCAGGAGCAUGUCAUGAACCGCAAUAUCGAGGGUUUGCUGCGCGAGAUGGUCCGCCUCAAAGAGAUUCUCGAGCGCAUGCCCAACGCCUUCCAUUCCAUCUCGACCAACCCCAACUCGGGUGACAACUUUGUCUCAGCCAUGGAGUGGGUGCGCUGGGGCAAAUUCUCAGCGCCUCUGUCAAAGAGGUGCCCUGCUGCGUCGGGACUUCAGUUCCCGCCCUACCUGCUCAUGGACGCUUUCCUCGGAAGAAAGAGAUACGACUCGUUCCUCGGCAACGAGGGCCUUCACCUGCGUGCGUGGCUGCCCUCCAAUCUGCGGGCUUUCAUAGCUGCCGUCGAGUACCACUACCGUAUUCCCGAGUUUGUCAGGCAGUCGGGCGAUCCCCGUCUCAUGGGGGUACUGGACGGCAUCAUCGAGGCCUACACGGGCGAGCGUGGCUUCAUGGGCACCCAUCGGUACAAGGUUUUCGGCAUCCUUGAGGUCGCCUCUAAGACGGGCCGCACCGAGACCAACGGAGCUUCUGGUGCCGCCGAUGGUACGGGCCGGCCGUGGGAGGAGGUCCAUCGUCAAUUCUCGGACGCCAUGAAAGAGCGCCUCGAACCGUUUCGUGGCAACAUCCCCGUCGAGCCGCAUCAGAUGCGUGGUACCUUUGAGGAGUGCCGCUACACGUCGCGCGUGCUCCGCCGUUCCUUUGUGGAUUCAGACUCCGAGCGGUCCAUAGCCUGUGUGACGCUCGAUCUCCACAACACGGGCAUAACCUUCCAGCCCGGUGAUCGCCUGGCCGUCAUGCCACUGAACAGCUGGGAGGAGUGCGCCAAGGUAGCUGCCGCCCUUGGCCUCGAUGACAUGUUGGACGCGCCGGUACAGCUUGACAGCCGGUGGUCCCGAUUCGCAGACCACUUGGACACCGUCGCCAACCACGGGGUCGCCCGCCUCCCAGGUAGCGCCAAGUUGACGGUCAAGGACAUUCUUCGUAGAGGACAUCUCGCGCCUUUGACCCAGGAACUCGUCCUCAAGAUUCAUUCCUUGCUGCGCGCCUCCUCCAACACAGUUCUUCAGGUCCUGGCCACGGAUGAGUGGCCCGUCCGUGGCACUCUGGGGGAUCUUCUCCAGGCUGCCGUGCUUGACACGCCCAUGCACGUCUGGGACCAGGCGUUUGAAUUAUCGAGGGACGUUGCCUGGUUGACCGAUCUUAUCCCCGUCGAGGUCCCACGGACGUAUUCCAUCUCCAACUGUCCCGACGAACUGCUCCCCGGCACUGUCGACUUGACAAUCUCACGCGCCGAGUACAAGCUCUGCUCGACCUUUGCUGGCAAUGCUUCUGUUCCCAGGUCUGGCGUCAGCAGUGGCUUCCUGAACCCAGCCGUCGGCUCGGCUGGCGACUUCAUCACGGCAGAAGACGACAUUCUCGUGGGCGUCUCUCGUCCCGUAGCCUUUCAGCUGCCCCUCGACGAGGCAGCACCCUGUGCCUUCUUUGCGGGUGGCAGCGGCAUUGCACCCUUCAGAAGCUUCUGGCAGUCCCGCGCGGGGCGGGCCGUCGGGCGCAACAUUCUUUACCUGGGCGUACAAACCCGUGAGAAGUUCUGCUACGAGGACGAGCUGCGGCGUUAUGUCCAUGCCGGUGUCAUGGAGGUCCACUUGGCCUUCUCUCGCGACAGCCGGGGCCUUGCCUACGACAGCGUCUCGCGUGACCUAGUUGAGCGACGCAUGGAGCCACGGUACAUUGACGCACUCAUCGCUGAACAGGGUGCUACCGUGUGUGAUCUUGCCAUGUCCAAGAAGCAAGGCGGACUCGGCGGGCAUUUAUACAUUUGCGGAUCCGUUGCCGUCUUUGAUUCCGUCAUGAACGGCCUGCGCAAAGCCAUCUACAACCACCGCACAGCCACGAUGGAGUCAACUGACCUCAUUAUCAACACGGCCUUUGCCGAGCGGCGCAUCAUGCUCGACGUCUUCAUGACGCCCAAGCCCUUGCCCUGCAACAAGCCUACAAUUCCCCUGUCACAGCUUGCGCUCCACACGGGCCAUCGCCCUGGAAGCCGAAUCUGGAUCGGCGUGCACGGCAGUGCUUACGAUGUGACCGACUUCUGCCCGAUGCACCCGGGCGGCACGUUGAUCCUCAAGUCCAACGCUGGCGUUGACUGCUCUAAGUCGUUCGACAACCUCGCGCACACCAACAACCCCGAGGUCGCAAGCCUCUUGACCAAGUAUUUCGUUGGCCACCUCACGCCGAAGCCCGAGUUUCACGACGGCGGCGAACUCAGUGGACUGUACGACCUGUGGGCUGACUACCUCAAGACGACGGUUGAGACGCUUGUGGCACAGCAAUUUGAGAUGGAGGACCUCAUGGGCUCGUCCUUAUGGUUCCAGGAGAACAUGAUUAACAUCAUGGGGGUGCGCAUCUUCUACCAAUACCAGUCCCGCCUGCUACAGUCGGGCUUCUCGGCACUUUUCGGCCCCAAGUUCCAGGAGCUCGUGCUCAAAUUGUCAUUCGCCAUGGCCAGCGCAGCGUCAUCGGCAGGGUCCGACACAAAGCUACCGGACAUUCUGGGUGUGGUCGCACGUGCCAAGACGUCAGCGGAUGCCGUGGCAACAUCCAAAGAGGUGGCCCUCGUCGGCCAGUACGUGUGCAACAGCGAACCGGCGCGUUUUCAGGAGCGAGGCAUCAUGGAUUACGCCGGGAGGUCCGUGAGCCUUGAUAUGGCGUUGCUCGAAGACAUCAGGGAGGAAGCGUGUCAUGGUAUGGACGCCUUCGGAACCGUCAUGGAGCUCGAAGCGACAUCGGACGCGCAACGUGUGGCGGCCAUGUGUUCGUUUCUCAUGCAGGUGUUGGAGCGCAUGGCGAAGCGGCUCGAAGUGUUCUAUGCGCAGCUGGCGCAGUGCUCUAUCUACAGGCCCGAGCUAGAGCGCAACCCAGCACGUACGCGCUGGGAGCUCGUCAGGCGGCGCAUUCGAGACGGAUCGCUGUUCGUGUUGGCGCGGCGAGCCGUCAUGGAGGUACAGCCGACAUAUCGGCCGGCGAGGGGCGACGCGGUUGACUUUGACACCGUGCUCUCGCGUGUCCAGCAGACGGUGCGCAGCGCGGCACUGCCGCCGUCGCCACCCCCCGAGACAAAACUCCAUGAAUCGAUGCCACUGAAUGAACGCCGGCGAGCGAGAGCGCAGGUGCCGCAUGGGGCUCCCUCGGCAGUCGAGCGAUAUGAAAAUGGUAGCGCGAUGCGGCGCAUGUCUUCGUUUCUGGACAAAAAUGCCAAGGCGCUGCGACGACUCAGCGGAAUGCCGGCGCUGCCACAAGUACUGGAUCUCGAGCAGAUUAUGAAAGCAGGGCAGGACCACAUGGGGUCCAGAGGUGGUAUGCCGACGCCGCCAUCCAGUCGUGGCUCGAGCCGAUCGCCCACACGGGGAGUCGCCGAGGAUCUCAUGUCAAGGAUGAAGCUGAACCGUAGGGGAACAAGUCGCUCAGACUCAUCGCUCAGCAUGCAAAGGCUGCCGCCUGCGAUGGAAGAACCGCUCGACCCGGUAGACGCUGGGGCAGCUAUCCGGUCCAUGGUGGGCAAGAUGAACCUGCGUACACGCAGCACAGUCGGGGUGCCAUCGUCGCAAGGGCCAGGUGUGCUAUCGGCGGAGGAGAGAACAAGAGCAAGAAGCCGGUCGUCGGGACACAGCGCAGCAGGGUCAAUCAGCCGGCCUCGAGGAUCGACUAGCACGUUACGGUCGUUUCGCCUGAGAGAGCUCGUCGAGGGGGAGAACCAUGUACAGCCCACUUUCUAG